CCGCCCGCCGCCCGGGGCCGAGGGUUCGAGUCCCCGCCGCCCCGAGCAUGGCAGCGCCCGUGCGCCUGGGCAGGAAGCGCCCGCUGCCUCUGUGCCCCAACCCGCUCUUCGUCCGCUGGCUCACCGAGUGGCGGGACGAGGCGGCCAGCAAGGGGCGUCGCACGCGCUUCGUGUUCCAGAAGGCGCUGCGCUCCCUGCGGCGGUACCCGCUGCCCCUGCACAGCGGCAAGGAGGCCAAGAUCCUCCAGCACUUCGGAGACGGGCUCUGCCGCAUGCUGGACCAGCGGCUGCAGCAGCACCGGGCGUCGGGCGGUGACCAGGCUUCAGCUUCACCAUCCCGAGCCCCGAAUCCCGCCGGGGAAGGUCCCUCUGCCCAGGACUCUUCCGUGCCAGCUCUGGCCCAGGACACAGCUGGGAGCUCCAGCAGCUACUGGCCAGCCCGGCACUCAGGGGCUCGAGCUGCGCUGCUGCAGCUCUACCAGGAACACCUGAAGCCCGACGGCCCUGGCUUCCUCACCAAGGAGGAGCUGCUGCAGAGAUGCGCCCAGAAGACACCGCGGGUGGCCCCUGGAAAUGCCCGAACCUGGCCGGCCCUCCGGACCCUGCUCAGCAGAAACCUCGUCCUCAGGACCCACCGGCCAGCCAGGUAUUCACUGACUCCAGCAGGCCUGGUGCUGGCCCAGAAGCUGGCCGAGUCGGAGGACAAGUCAGUGGACGUGAACCCUGAGUCUCAGGAGACCCCUGGAGAGGACCCCCAAGAGCCAGGAGAGGCCUCGGCUGAGCGUGGAGCUAUCGGAGGGAGCAGACAUUCAGCAGCUCUGGAGCUGAAGCCUGGGGAAUACAAGGUGCUCCUGUGUGUGGACGUCGGAGAGGUCAAGGGGACGGGGCACCGGGCCCAGCUGCUCCGAGAGCUUCAGCGGCUGCGCGUGGCCCACUCGGUUCGCAAGCUGCACGUGGGAGACUUCGUGUGGGUGGCGCAGGAGACGCAGCCUGGGGACCCUGCAAACCCCCGAGAGCUGGUCCUGGACCAUGUGGUAGAGCGGAAGCGGAUGGACGACCUGUGUAGCAGCAUCAUCGAUGGCCGCUUUCGGGAACAGAAGUUCCGCCUAAAGCGCUGUGGCCUGGGACGCCGGGUGUACCUGGUGGAGGAGUUUGACCGCAUGCAGAACCUCAGCCUUCCCGAGAGCACGUUGCUGCAGGCCGUGACCAACACCCAGGUGAUUGAUGGCUUCUUUGUGAAGCGCACAGCGGACAUCAAGGAGUCAGCAGCCUACCUGGCCCUCCUGACUCGCGGCCUGCAGAGGCAGUACGAGGGCCACACGCUUCACAGUCGGCCCUGGGGCACCUCAGGAGACCUGGAGUCUUCGGCUAGCCCCUCGCCAAACCCCCUUUGCUCACUCCUCACUUUCAGUGAUUUCAACAUGGGAGCCAUGAAGAACAAGGCCCAGUCGGUCCAGGAGGUGUUUGUCCGGCAGCUGAUGCAGGUGCGAGGAGUGAGUGGGGAGAAGGCCGCGGCACUGGUGGAGCGCUACAGCACCCCUGCCAGACUUCUGGCUGCCUAUGAUGCCUGUGCUACCCCUGAAGAGCAGGAAAAGCUCCUGAGCACUGUCAAGUGUGGGCGGCUGCAGAGGAACCUGGGGCCUGUGCUGAGCAGGACCCUGGCCCAGCUCUACUGCAACAAAGGCGCCUUGACCUGAGCUGAGCCACGAAGCAGACACUCCGCACUUUGUCCGCUGAGCCUUUCCCAGAAGCUCAGGGGCCGAGAUAAAGCGUCAGGGCUCAUGGCCUGCUGUUAUGGAGGAACAAGGCCUCCACGUCCAGGCCUGGGGGUUCCCUGGUGGAGCACAAAGACUGCCAGGGAGGUGUGUCACUGGGGACGCUGCAGCUUGGAUUGUAGUUUCUGUUCUGAGUAUUCUGGGUCACAUCAACCUUCCUUUGCCCCAGCAA